AUGUCUUUCGCGCAAGGCCAAGAAAAAUCUGACAAUCACGAAAGUGGUUGGGGGUCUAAUGAGAGCGAGGAAGAAUUUCACAGAAUUGUCACGCAGCAUAGCGCAGGUAUUGAAGAUGCAUUAGGGCGCCUUGAGUCCACGACUCAUGAUUUGGGACCUCCCGAGCCAGCACUAGAUUUAGAAAAGCCAGAAGGCGCUCUUCAAAGUGGAUCAGCUGCACAUCAGGAAGAUAGGUGGCAAUAUAGCCUGGAUGCGGAAACUGGUAUUCGAAUCGUGGAGUUUACAGAAGGUGACCAUGAAGAUCCGCGCAAUUGGCCCAAGCGCCAAAAAUGGAACUACACCGUUCUUCUUGGAAUCAUCUGUUUUGAUGUUGCAAUGAUGUCAGCAGUUGUUACCGGCGAUCUCGAAGCACCGGGCAGAGAAUUUUCGGUAUCCACUGAGGUUAUGUGCCUGACAGUUUCGCUCAUGGUAUGGGGGUUUGGCUUGGGUCCUUUGCUGUUUGCACCACUAUCAGAAGAAACCGGACGUAAUCCUGUUUACUUGGUGACUCUGUUUGUAGCAGUCGUCUUUAUUGUCCCGUGCGGAGCUGCUAAGAAUAUUGGUACUCUGUUGGCCUUUAGAUUUCUGGAUGGCCUGUUUUUUAGCGCCCCUAUGUGUUUAAUAGGUGGUUCUCUCAGCGACAUGUGGACUAAUGACGAGCGCGGCAUCGCAAUGUCAUUGUUCUCCGCAGCACCUUUUAUUGGCCCAGUAAUGGGUCCCAUUGUUGGAUCGCUGCUUUCUGUCAACUGCGGAUGGAGAUGGGUAUACUGGUUCAUGCUUAUCUUCAGCGGCUGCAUAUAUGUCGUCACUGCUGUGUUUUUGCCCGAGACGCACCACCAGACUAUAUUGAAGAAGAGGGCCAAGAAACUGCGCAAGUUAACCGGUGACACAACAUACAGAGCUGUUUCCGAGAUGCGGAUAAGGACGCUCAAAAAAGUUACUGAAGAGACUUUGCUGCGCCCUAUGGUGUUACUCUCUGAACUGAUUGUGUUCUUGAUCACCAUGUACAUGGCCGUCAUUUAUGGUUUGCUGUACAUGUUUUUCUUCGCCUUUCCCAUCGUCUACACAGAUGGCAAGCACUUUGGAGCCGUCAAGACUAGUAUUAUGUUCAUUCCUGUCGGCGUCGGUUGCAUAAUAGCCACCGUUCUAGCACCUCUCUUCAAUCGGGAUUACGUUAGAAGAGCCAAGGUAUACUUGGACAAAGGGGAGGUGCCUCCGGCAGAAUUGAGGUUGAUACCAAUGAUGAUCGGAUGCUGGUUUAUACCUGCCGGAUUGUUCGCCUACGCGUGGUCUUCGUUCCCACGGCUAUCUUGGGCGGGCCCAUGUUUCAGCGGCUUGGCUUGCGGUUUCGGGUUCCUCACAAUCUACAAUCCUGCCAACAACUACAUUGUGGAUUCUUAUCAGCAUUAUGCGGCUUCUGGUCUUGCAGCCAAGACUUUUGUAAGAUCAAUGUGGGGGGGCUCGGUACCCCUCUUCACCAUUCAAAUGUAUAACAGGCUAGGCUAUGAAUGGGCUACUUCGUUGAUGGCCUUUAUUGCUUUGGCCUGUUGUGCCAUUCCUUACGUUUUUUACAUUUUUGGUGCUCGCAUUAGAAAGAGAUCCAAAUACGCUUACUCACCAGUUAUGGACACGAACAAAAUUGGAGCCAAAGACGUUGAAUCGUGCCCUUCUGACACAACAGUCAUUGAGUAG